CGUAGAAAGGACAGAGGGGCCCAGCCUCCAUUACCCCAAUGUGCCAAGUGGAGUUUGAGUUGGCCUGCGCUGCUUUGAAGCAGCUGAAGGGCCCCGUGAGUGAUCAGGAGAAACUGCUGGUGUACAGCUUCUACAAACAGGCCACCCAGCGCGACUGCGACAUCCCUGCCCCUCCUGUCACAGAGGUGAAAGCCAAGGCCAAGUGGGAGGCUUGGAACCAGAACAAAGGGAUGUCCAAAAUGGAUGCCAUGAGGAUCUAUAUUUCCAAAGUGGAAGAGCUGAGGAAGAAGGAAGAAGGCUGAUGACACGGUGGCAGACACAAAGUAGCCUGGCAUCUCUGGUAG